AUGGAACGGAGAGGCGUUCGCCUCGCAUCCAUUCGAGAGGAAAGGAAGAUAGAGUCGUGGAGUCAGCUAUGGCGAACACUACUAUGCGGCGGCAUUGCAGGAUGCGUGGCUAAGACGACUACCGCGCCUCUUGAGCGAGUAAAGAUCCUGUUCCAGGUUGCCACGAUCCAUUACCCAUUCAAGGGGGUGGUCCCCACGCUGCGUCGCAUCGUGGAGAGGGAGGGAUUUAGGGGCCUCUACAAGGGCAACGUAUCGUCCCUCGUGCGGAUCUUUCCCUACGCGGCCACUCAGUUUGCGGCAUUCGACAUCUUCAAGGCCGCCCUCACCCCCAAAGACGCCGGCAUUUCGGGAUUGGCCAACUUCCUGGCCGGUGCUGGCGCUGGUGCGACGGCUGUGGCAUUCACCUACCCACUCGACGUCACGAGGGCGAGGCUUGCCGUGCAGGUGGAGAAGAGGCACUACACAGGCCUCGUGCACGCCAUACAGAACAUGUGGCGACACGAAGGAGGGCUGAAGGCUUUGUACAGAGGGUUGCAACCGACCAUGUUCGGCAUACUUCCCUACGCCGGCAUCAACUUCUUUACCUACGAUACUCUCAAAUGGUACUACUCCAAAAAGCUGAGAAUCGCCGCCAACGGUGACCCGCCACCACCGAUUCCCACCACCCUCCGCCUCGCCUUUGGUGCCGUGGCUGGGGCGCUCGGACAGACUCUCACCUAUCCUCUCGACGUGGUGUGGAUUGGUGUGCUACUGGUUCUCUUCAUGUUGAUGGUGGUGAUUGAUGGGGCUUCUGGUCUGGGGUAG